AUGGCUUCUACUCCUUUGCGUGGGGCAGAGGGUAGCUCUGAAGAUGCUGGCAGCAAUAAACGCAGCUCUGGGGUGUAUAGGGACCUCAGCAGCAGCAGCAUCAGCAGCAGCAUCAGCAGCAGCAGCAGCAGCAGCAGGCCUGGCAGCAGCAGCAGCAGCAGCAGCAGCACUUCGCGGAGACCUAAGCUCAGCAGCACUCAGACGAAUCUGCUGCAGCGCAGCAGCAGCAGCAGCGUGCAGCACAACCGCCUCGUGAGCAAAACAACAACCAACAGCAGCAGCAGCAGCAGCAGCAGCAACAGCAGCACUGAGAAUAUUAAGGUUGUCGUUAGGUGCCGGCCUAUUAAUGCUGCAGAGCAGCGCAGCAACAGCAGCACAGCUAUACAAAUAUCUGCAGAGGAGCAGCAAGUAUGCGUUUUGCUGCCAGCAAGCAGCACCUACCGUCACACCAGCAGCAGCAAUAGCCAGCAGCAGCAGCAGCAGCAGCAGCAGCAGCAGCGCAGCAGCAGAAUCUACAGAUUUGAUGGAGUCUGCCCCGUCAGUGUGCAGCAGGAAGAAGUUUUUAAUACCCACGUCAAACCACUCGUAGAUCAGGUGCUUGGGGGUUUUAACUGCACUUUGUUUGCAUACGGCCAAACGGGGACAGGAAAAACUUUUACGAUUGAAGGAGACCAUCAGCAAUAUGCAAACUAUUUAAAGCGCAGCAGCAGCAGCAGCAGCAGCAGCAGCAGCAGCAGCAGCAGCAGCAGCAGCGGUGAGAGCCCCAGCGACACUCCGACAAGCGGCAUCAGCAGCAGCGGUGGCAGCAGCAGCAGCAACAGGAGCUUUGAACUCAGCCCUGAUGCAGGGAUUUUACCUCGUGCUGUUUGUUAUAUCUUUGAUCAGCUGCAGCAAAACAGCAGCAGCAACAGCAGCAGCAGCAACAGCAGCAGCAGCAGCAGCAGAAAUGAUUUCGUUGUGCGUUGCAGCUUCUUAGAGAUUUAUAACGAAGAGUUAAUUGAUCUCCUUGCUCCUCCUGCUGCUGCUGCUGCAGCAGCAGGGGGUGUAUCUGCAGCAGCAACUCAGCAGCAGCAGCCUAAGCUAAGAAUAUAUGAAGAUCACGGAGACAGCAGCAGCAGCAGCAGCAGCAGCAGCAGCUGGGGCUCUACAAGAGGACCGGGAGCUGUCAGAGUUGAAGGCCUCACAGAGAAACGCGUCAACUGCCCAGAAAUCCAGGUGUUUGUGCUGCAAACUGGGAAGCAGCAGCAGCAGCAGCAAGGAGGGGCCCUCUCAGUAGAUGAGAUAAUUCGAAUUGGGAAGCUAAGCCUCGUCGAUCUCGCAGGCAGCGAGAACCUAGAGCGUAGCUGGGGCUCAGCAGCAGCAACAGCAACUCAUCGAAGAGAAGCAUCCGCUAUAAAUCAGUCCCUGUUAACUUUAGGGAGAUGCAUCAACGCCUUAGUCGAAAAACAUUCUUACGUCCCCUUCAGAGACUCCAAACUUACGCGACUCCUGCAGGAUAGUUUAGGGGGAAGUACUAAGACAUGUUUAAUUGCAACCAUCGGACCCACCGUCAAUACACUCGAAGAAACCCUCUGCACGCUAGACUAUGCAUAUAGAGCAAAGAGUAUAACAACUCGGCCCGUCCCUACACUAAGGAGAUCUGCAGAUUUGCUGCUGACGCAGCUGCUGCUAGAGAAUUCACAGCUGCGGCUGCUGCUGCAGCAGCAGCGGGAGCGCGACGGGGUUUUUCUUCCGUUGGAUAUGUUUCAGCAGCAGCAGCAGCAGCAGCAGCAACAGCAGCAACAAAUCCAGCAGCAAGCUGCACAAUUACACGCGCUCCAGCAGCAAACUGAGCAGCAGCAGCAAACUAUUAAUACAUACGCUAAACAAAUUAAUUCGCUUGAGACAUCUCUGCAACAAACUCAAAAGAGCCUUGAAGAUGAGCAGCAACUGACCAGUGCGCUGCAGCAACAGCAGCAGCAACACGCAGCAGCAGCUGCUGCUGCUGCAGACUCACUUAGACGCGCAGUUGAGGAUAUAACGCUGCUGCAGCAGCAGCAGCAACAGCAGCAGAUGCAGCAACAAGCCGCAGCAAAAGAAUGCACAGACUUCACUGCAGCUCUAAAGGCAGAUGCUGCUGCUGCUGCUGCGUGUCAGCAGCAGCUGCUGCAACAGGUGCAGCAAAUGCUGCAGCAGCUGCAGCAGACGGAGCAGCAGCGCAGCGAAUGCGCAGGAGAGGGAGCAGCAGCAGCAGCGCAGCAGCAGCAGCAGCAAGUGCUGCUGCAGCAGCAGCUUCGUGAUAACAAUAACUUGCUGGAACAGCAGCAAAAGCAUUCUUUGCUGCUGCAGCAGCUGCUGGAUAUCGCUCAGCAGCAGCAGCAAGAAAACCUCAGCGCAGCAGAAAGGAAAGUCAAAGCCUCGCAAGAGAACAGCAGCUCGAAGCAGCAGCAGCUGCAGCAGCACAUUGAUUCAUUUAUAUCUGUUGCUGCUGCUGGGGGUGCAGCAGCAGAGCAGCAGCUGCAGCAGGUGAUGCAGCAGGUGAUGCAGCAAGCGAAGGAAAAAGCAGCAGCAAUGCAGCAGCAGGCUGAAGCAGCAGCAGCAGCUGCAGCAGCAGCAGUGCAGCAACAAUUUAAAGCAUUCGUAGAGGAGCAGCAGGCAGCAGCAGAGCAGCAACAGCAGCUGCUGCUGCAGCAGAUAGCUGCUGCCCAGCAGCAGCAGCAGCAGCAGCAAUUAGACCAGAAAGCAGCAGCAGCAGCAGCAAACUCUGCUGUUGCUGCUGCUGCUGCUGCAGCAGACACUUUGUCUACUGAAGCAAAUAAAGUGCUGCAAGAUCAAAAAGCAGAGGAGGGCCAGCAAGAGCUGCUGCAGCGUCUGAGUGUGCUGCAGCAGCAGCAGCAGCAGACUGCAGAAGCAGCAGCAGCAGCAGCAGCACACAUGGAAUCAGCAGCAGCACGUGAUCAGCAGCAGCGGCAGCAGCUCUCAGCAGCUGCGGCUGCAGCAAUUGACGCAGCAGCAGCAGCAGCAAACAGCAGCAGCAGCAGCACAGCAGCAGCAGCAGAAGCAGCAACACAAAAGAUUUCAUCUUUUGCUUCUGCGGUGGAGCAGCAGCUGCGCUGCUGCAGAGGAGACCUGGAGGGAGAAGCACAUGAAAACAGCAGCAGCAACUGCAGCAACAGCAGCAGCAGCAGCAAUAGCAACAGCAGCAGCAGCGACAGCAGCAACAAAAGCAGCAGCAGCAGCUGUUGCUGCACCGCAUGCGCUGCUGCUGCAGCAGCUAAACGCUGGCAGUCAGCAGAAAAUAAAUAUACAGCGGAGCAAACAAAAUGUGAAUCUGCAGAGACACCCCAGACAACCUCUGCUGCUGCUGCUGCUGCUGCUGCUGCUGCUCCUGUUGUUGCUGCUGCUGCUGCUGCCGGCCCGUCCGACAGCAUCAGCAACGGUAGCAGCUGCAGCAGCAGCGCUAGCAGCAGCAGCGGCAGCAGCAGCAGCAGCAGGAAGGCUUUGGGGGCCCGUCUGGUAGCAGCAACAGCAGCAGCCGUUACAGCAGCAGCAGCAGCAGCAGCAACACCGCCGCAGAAGCUGCAGCGCAGCACUUUAGGGGUAAGGUCUCCCUUGAAAAUCAGCAGCAGCAGCAGCAAACUCAGCAGCAGGAACAGCAACAAGAACAGCAACAACAAGGCCAACGUCAGCAGCAGCAACACGAGCAGCAGCAACAGCAGCAGCAGCAGCAGCAGCAGCAGACCUCGCCGCCGUUCCCGCAGCAGCGAUGAAUUAGUUAGCGCUGAUUCUGUUUCAAAGAAAAGAUAUACUCCUUCUGAUGAUACUCCUGUAUCUAUAAACCCUAAACCCUAA